GCCAAACACACCCAAUCGUUCAAAAACCACCACAAGCUAUACAGCAACCAUAAUGACCCCUACCAAGGAAUCGUCGCGUGCUGGUAUUCACCUCCCCAAAGGCUUCCAGUACGAUGAAGUCAACUUCGACCCUACCCCCUCCCCUCCAAGAGACGAGCCAGAUCCUCCUCUGGGCAUCUUGGACAGCUUCACCGGAUCCUGGACCGGACCUGGCUUCAACACCAUCUUCCGACCAAACUCUGUCUCCCCCACCACGACCACUUUCACCAAUCCCGUCCUCCCUGCCCCUCCUUCUCCUCCCAAUGUCUCAGUCCUUGAGCUCAAUCUGACGCAAGAGGAUCUUGUCUUCUCUCAACCUCUGGGAAGAGUCCCCAAUCGUGGUCUUGAGCAACAGAACGACAUUAUCAUCAAUGGAGUCACAUAUCUCCAGACUGUCAACGAUGUUACCAACACAGCUACUGGCAAAGCUGAUGGCGCUAAGACGGGUAUCCAUACUGAGACUGGCUUCUGGUUGAACGUUCCUCCGACGAAGAAUAACCCCGUGGAGGGAAACACGCUCGUCCGUCUUGGCUCUAUUCCUCAUGGAACUACCAUCAAUGCACAGGGUAACCCCCCCAACGUGACCUCGGGAGCGCCAGAUAUUGGUCCACGGUCAAUCACCCCUUUCGUCAUUGGAAACCAAGGUGAUGCCCAGAUCAAGCCCAGUCAGACUGCCUCUCUUAACAACACAGCACGCCUGCCCCAAGACCUUAGCCUCUUCAUUCAGCAGGGAACUAUCACCCAGGCUAUUCUCGACAACCCAAUCCAGAUCCUUCUCGACAUAAAUAGCCAGCUCAACAUCACACAAACCAGCACUUUCGCCGUUAGCACACAGCCUGCUCCAACCCCCGGCGGCGGUACAGCAAACAUCGCUUUCCUAGUCGGAGCAAAUUCCCAGGGCCCCAACGCAAACGCCGUGCAGAUGGACUCUACAUUCUGGGUCGAGACGAUCAAGUCUGAGAUUACUGUUCAGAACUACACGCCUGGGAAGCCUCUUCUUCUGCAGCCAAGCUAUAAGCAGGUUCAGGGCAAGACGCCUCCCCCGCUGCCGACAUUCUCUGUCACACCUCCGGGACCUGUUACGGGUCCUAAGACGAUCCCUGUGACUUAUACGCAGAUUCAGUACUCGCAGACUGUUUUCCUUAACUUUAACGGGUUGAGUUGGCCGCAUUUGUCUUUGGCUACGCUGGUGCCUGCUACACCUAUCGAAGUUGACUUUCCGACGUCUUGAUGGAGAUGAGGAACGUAAGGAAGCUGUCUUUAGAGAGUGACAACGGGUGCGGGAAACUCAGAGGGCAUGAACAAGGUAUAUCGCGAUGUAAUUAAAUCUACAAUUCAAAUUAUACAAAGGGAGUGGAGUAAAGGACGUUGAUCUUUGUCGCUACUGCGUGUGCUGUAGCUCACUAGUUCUUGAUUUGAAUUCGCCCGCCACCAUCACUUGUUGCCUCUGGC